AUGUUCAUUCUUCAUAGUCCAUCGAAUGCAACCUUGAUCGCCGCCUCCUCCCCCCACCCGACCAUGGUAGCCAGCAAGAAGCGCAACCUGUUGCUCUGCUUCGACGCCUUUGGCACCCUGUUCCGCCCCAAGGGUUCCGUGGUCCAGCAGUACGCCCAUGUCGCGCGGCAGUGCGGCAUCACUGGCUUCUCCGAGGACCAGCUGGCGACGCACCUGACGGCCGCGAUUCGCCAUGAACGCGCGGAGAACCCCAACUACGGCAAGGCCACCGGCCUAGGUGCCACGCGGUGGUGGACAAAUGUUAUCCACAACACCUUUACGCCGCUGAUUCCAGAACAGCAGCCAUUUCCGCCGGCGCUCGUCCCCGCGCUGAUGCAUCGCUUCGCCUCGAACGAGGGCUACGAUGCGCAGCCCGACCUUGUCUCUGCACUGCGGGCCUUGCGCCGCCCCGGCGCGUGGCACGCCCUAGACGAAGUCGUCGUCGGUGUCGUGACCAACUCAGACGACCGCGUCCCCAGCAUCCUGUCCUCGUUGGGCUUGCGCGUGAGCCCGCUGCGCUACAGCGACGACGCGCACGCCGUACCGCCCCCGCAGGAGGCGUACGACGUCGACUUUCACUGCAUGUCCUACGACGUGGGGUGCGAGAAGCCCGACGUGCGCAUCUUCCGAGCCGCCGAGUCCAUGCUGACCCGUAUUGUCGCAGCUCGUGAGGGGCCGGUGCCGGCGGCGGAGAGCUGGUACAAGGUCUACGUCGGCGACGAGCACGCCAAGGACGUCAUCGGGGCUACCGGCGCCGGUUGGUUCCCCAUCCUGCUGGAUGCCGACACGGAGGCCUCCGCGGUGGCUAAACUCGAGGACUUGCCCGACCGGUCCAUCUCUGCUGUGGUUCGACGUCAUCCCGUUGUACGCGUGCCGUCGAUACCAGCGCUGGCGUCGUGGCUGUCAGGGCCCCAAUGGGCUUCCGAUCAGCAUCCCUGA